CCACCGCCGGCUGCAGCCGCCUCCGGGCGCUGUUUGCUCCCAGUUCCCUCCCAGUGCUCCCAGUAAGAGCGGGACUGGCAGGGAAAGCGCUCCCAAUUCCUUCCCGCUGAUCUCAGGAUCGCUCUCGGUGCUCUCAGGAUCGCUCCCACUGCCGCGCGGGCCGGGGCCGCUAUGGGUAACCCACCCUAGGGCAGAGCGCGGCGCCUUUUGGGUGCCGGCACUGCCCGGGCCGGGCUGGGAGCGGAGGAGGAGCGGGAGGAAGAGGAGGGACAGAGAAAGAGGAAAAGGAAGAAGACGAGCAGGAACUGGAGAAAGAGACGGACAAGGAAGAGCAGCAGCAUCAGCAACAGCACGCGGUUCCCCCGCUCAGGCUGCAGCUCCCCCGGCUCCUGCUGCAUCGCCCUCCUCGCCUCCAGAACCCGCAGGAUUUCCCGUUCCUAAACCUUGGCCGGAUGGAGGAAGAGGAGGCUGCGAGGAAGAUGGCCCGGGAGCCCCAGGCAGGCACUGAGCUGAGGGCAGAGACCAGGGAGGAUGAGUCACCACAGCAGAACCUUGUGGAUGAGGCCAUUUUGAGCAGCUCCACAGCACAGGAAUCUAACGGGGAAGAAAAGCCCCGGAGAUCCCUCACGAGGAGGGGCUGCAAACGCAGAUCACGGGGAUCUGAGGAGGAAAGACCCACCCUGGGCCGGGAAGGGGGCCGGAGCUCACAGCUGGGGGUCCCCGAGCAGCUUCAGGAUGGGGAGAAGCCCCACAGGUGUGGGGAAUGUGGGAAGAGCUUCAGCCGAAGCUCAGCCCUGAUCCGCCACCAAAGGAUCCACACUGGAGAAAGGCCCUAUGAGUGUGGGCAGUGUGGGAAGAGCUGCAGAGAUAACUUUGACCUGAUCAACCACCAGAGGAGCCACACGGGGGAACGGCCGUAUGAGUGUGGGGAAUGUGGGAAGAGCUUUCAGAGAAGCUCCACUCUUCUGAAGCAUCAGCGGACACACACAAAUGAGAGGCCCUAUGCGUGUCCCAAAUGCGGGAAGAGGUUUCAGACAAGCUCCCAUCUGCUCACACACGAGCGGAUUCACACAGAUGAGAGGCCCUUCCGCUGCCCCGACUGCAUGAAGGGCUUCAAAUAUAACCCCGACCUCAUCAAGCACCGGCGCAUCCACACUGGGGAGAGGCCCUACGAGUGUCCUGAGUGUGGGAAGAGAUUCACCCAGAAGUCGAACCUGAUUGUCCACAAGAGAAUCCACACCGGCGAGAGGCCCUAUGAGUGUGGGCUGUGUGGGAAGAGAUUCAGCCAGAGCUCUGAACUGAUGCUUCACCAGAGGAUCCACACUGGGGAACGGCCUUACGAGUGUCCCGACUGUGGGAAGACCUACAGCCGAAGCGAUCACCUGAUGAUCCACCAGAGGAGCCACACUGGGGAGCGACCCUACGAGUGUGGGGAGUGUGGGAAGAGGUUUCAAAGCAGCUCAGAUGUCCUCGUACAUCAGCGCAUUCAUACAGAUGAGAGGCCCUUCCGCUGCCCUGACUGUGGGAAGGGCUUCAAGCACAACUCCACCCUGGUCACCCACCAGCGCAUCCACACUGGGGAGAGGCCCUACAAAUGUCCCCAGUGUGGGAAGACCUUCAGCCAGAGGUCAGCCUUGACCCAACACGAAUGGAGGCACCACUCGGAAAGCCCUGAUGGGGAGAAGCCCCACAGGUGUGGGGAAUGUGGGAAGAGCUUCAGCCGAAGCUCAGCCCUGAUCCGCCACCAAAGGAUCCACACUGGAGAAAGGCCCUAUGAGUGUGGGCAGUGUGGGAAGAGCUGCAGAGAUAACUUUGACCUGAUCAACCACCAGAGGAGCCACACGGGGGAACGGCCGUAUGAGUGUGGGGAAUGUGGGAAGAGCUUUCAGAGAAGCUCCACUCUUCUGAAGCAUCAGCGGACACACACAAAUGAGAGGCCCUAUGCGUGUCCCAAAUGCGGGAAGAGGUUUCAGACAAGCUCCCAUCUGCUCACACACGAGCGGAUUCACACAGAUGAGAGGCCCUUCCGCUGCCCCGACUGCAUGAAGGGCUUCAAAUAUAACCCCGACCUCAUCAAGCACCGGCGCAUCCACACUGGGGAGAGGCCCUACGAGUGUCCUGAGUGUGGGAAGAGAUUCACCCAGAAGUCGAACCUGAUUGUCCACAAGAGAAUCCACACCGGCGAGAGGCCCUAUGAGUGUGGGCUGUGUGGGAAGAGAUUCAGCCAGAGCUCUGAACUGAUGCUUCACCAGAGGAUCCACACUGGGGAACGGCCUUACGAGUGUCCCGACUGUGGGAAGACCUACAGCCGAAGCGAUCACCUGAUGAUCCACCAGAGGAGCCACACUGGGGAGCGACCCUACGAGUGUGGGGAGUGUGGGAAGAGGUUUCAAAGCAGCUCAGAUGUCCUCGUACAUCAGCGCAUUCAUACAGAUGAGAGGCCCUUCCGCUGCCCUGACUGUGGGAAGGGCUUCAAGCACAACUCCACCCUGGUCACCCACCAGCGCAUCCACACUGGGGAGAGGCCCUACAAAUGUCCCCAGUGUGGGAAGACCUUCAGCCAGAGGUCAGCCUUGACCCAACACGAAUGGAGGCACCACUCGGAAAGCCCUGUGAGUGCCCCAAGUGCGCCCCAAGUGUGCACUGCUACAGUUCCCCAGGUGUGCACUGCUACAGUUCCCCAGGUGUGCACUGUUACAGUUCCAUACCCCGUGGCAGUGUUUGUGCUGCAUGCUGUCCAGUGGGCAGAGCCCCAGUGAUCUGUGGUGCUGGUAAGCUGUGUUGGGAAGACACCUGGCUGGGGGCUCCACCUCUUAAUGGCUCCAUGUGGCCUUGAUUAUCUUUUAAUUUCUCUCUGUCCUUUCAAAACGCCCCAAACCAGGAUAAAAAUAAAAACAUUGAACUAAGACAAGGA